CGUGCCGUGAUGAAACAGAGAACGGACUAAUCAUGGAGUAUCCAACUUUAAAUUCGGCCCAUAACUUCGGCCCCUAUCCCUUGAGUCAUAUGAUCCGUACCUUUCUCAACUCCCAUUUCCUCGGACCUCAGUGGCUGGCGCCGCUGUAUUGCAAUCUUCUUUGAUGUUUGAACCCUUACUCUCCCCUUCCAUCUCCAGCUGCCACCAUGCAACCAUCUCCACCGUUGAUUAGUGGCCCUUCCAGAACUCUAACGACCACUGUCCGACCUUCCACGAUGAUCAUCCAUGCUUACCACCAGUACCUGCAAUCUUAUCCAAAAUUCAAUAGCUUUAUUGGGUAUAAAACCCACCUUAUCGGUUGUGGGCGUAGAUUUCCUGCCUUUGCAACCGCUAGCUCAGGACCUCAUGUUCCUGCUGCUUCUGCUCCUUCAAUCCAAUCCGAUGUUGGCAUGGCGUCCCGCACGUCGGUACUGGAAAAGUCGGGUAUAAUAGAGGAGGACCUGGAAAAGGCCAUUUAUCGAUGCCGAUUUAUGGCAUUUUUGGGCGUCUUUGGAUCUUUGGUUGGGUCUAUACUCUGUUUCAUCAAGGGGUGUGUUCAUGUAGCAGCAUCGUUCUCAGAAUAUUUUGUAAAUCGUGGAAAAGUAAUAAUGUUGCUGGUUGAGGCUAUCGAUGUGUAUCUCUUAGGAACUGUGAUGCUCGUCUUUGGGACGGGUCUCUAUGAGCUGUUUAUCAGCCAUCUUGGAACUGAACGGACUUUGUCAAAGAGAAACAUUGAGCAUAGGUCCAAUUUAUUUGGCUUGUUCACUUUAAAGGAACGACCAAAAUGGAUGAACAUAACGACGGUUAACGAGCUGAAAACGAAGCUGGGGCAUGUCAUAGUGAUGCUGCUUCUAAUCGGGUUUUUCGACAAGAGUAAAAAGGCGGCUAUACAAUCUCCAGGUGAUUUGCUUUGCUUAGCUGCUUCAGUAUUCCUGUCCUCUGGUAGCCUGUUUUUGCUGUCUAAACUAACCGAAUAAAACUAAUAAGUUAUGUACAAAUAUAAAAUAUAUAAUCCCUUUUUUUUUUGCCCUUUUGGCCCCUCCGAAAACGGUUGAAACCAUGAAAUAUUAGUGUUAUUGUAAAUGGGUGUGUUAGUUUGCUGUAAGAAGAUGUUGCUGCAAUGUAGAGUGACUUCAAACGAGUAAAUAAAUAAGGGGAUGAAGCUUUAGAAAGCCA